AUGAAGAAGUAUAACAUUACUCAUAAAGUCUCUACUCCCUACCAUCCCCAAACAAAUGGGCAAGUCAAAGUUUCGAAUAGGGAGAUUAAACAUAUUCUUGAGAAAACGGUGAGUCAAAAACGUAAAGAUUGGUCUUUAAAGGUGAGUGAUACCUGUUGGGCAUAUAGGACAGCCCUUAAAACUCCAUUAGGCAUGUCUCCUUAUAGACUUGUCUUUAGAAAGGCUUGUCAUCUUCUGGUGGAGUUGGAGCACCAAGCCUAUUGGGCAUUAAAGAAGUUGAAUUUUGACAUUCAUGAAACAGGGACUUUAAGGAAGCUUCAGUUGAAUGAGUUGGAUGAAUUGAGGAAUGAAGCUUAUGAAAAUGCAAGAAUUUAUAAGGAGAAGACAAAGAUAGCUCAUGACAAAGCUCUGAUGCCAAAGCACUUUGAGCCAAACCAAAAGCUGCGUUCAAGGUGGUCUGGACCUUUUCUUGUUGUUAAGGCAUACCCUCAUGGUGCUGUGGAGAUAAAAAAUUUGAAAGAAGGGACUAUUUUUAAGGUGAAUGGGCAUCGAUUAAAACCUUACUUGGAAUUACCUGAGGCCAUGAAUGAGGAUGAGAAAUCUACAGAGCUAUCUACAAGGGCAGAAGAAGUUUCUGCUGUGACACUUCAAGCAAAACACUUUGAGGUUAUGUACCUCAUGGACCCUAUGUACAAGUGA